AUGUCUUCAAUCGUGACAAGUAUUCUAAGUUCAACCGUGGGUUUGUUGUGGAACAAGGCUCGCGACUCGACUGCGGCUAAGCUGAAGGACGGCGAUAUUACAGAGGCAAAAAUUCGAGAGAUUGUCGUACGAGAGUUGAACGACAUCAAGACGAAGCUCGAUGGUAUUUCACGUAAAGAUCUUCUCAGCAGCUACAAUUUCCUACAGGAAGGUGUGGAUUUCCUCAAUGCUUCUCUCCAAAAAUCAAAGCUCGACCAGAAAGCUUUGACGAAUGAAACUCAAGAUGAUCGAGGCGAGACAUCAACAGUGCCGAGUUGUGAUCAGUCUGGGAUCUUAAGCGAAGCUAUUGAACUUUCUCAAGCCAUGGGAAAGCUAAAAUGUGGCUCAGACGAAGAGUAUAAAUGCGCUAAAAAGCGAUUCAAAGAUGCCCGUAAAAGAGCAACCGACGCUUUCUCUACUGAAACAUUAGUUCUCAAAGAUGUGAUCUUCGCCGCGAAGCUACGAAUGGUAUCCGAGAUGCUGGAAUGUCUUGAUCGUCCCGAAACCGCAAUAACAGGAUGUCUGUCAUUUUUGAAAAAGUUCCAUAGCUUACCUGCAAUUCAAGAGAUAUUCUCGGUGUACCUCGACGGAGGAAUAAAGUUGAUGUUGAAUAAGAGCGAACGAGUGGAGAACGUGAAAUCAGUAAUGCUGCUUAACUACGUGUUAUUUCAAUACGUGUUGAAAUUCAGCAGUAAGUGUUGGUUUGAGUUGCUCGUCAGCAUGCCAACAAUUGAACUUCCCGAUCGCAGUUUUUCCCCAAUAGCAAAUUGGCUGGAGGUUGCGACAAGAAAGUCCAUGGGAAAAGAACUGACCCAACAUCCUAGUAGUAGUAGACAGAUACUAGUUGAUGAAGGAAUUGAUCCGUAUGUAGUGCUGUGAAUGGUCAUGGGGACGUUAUUACUCGAGCUAUUCCUCAUCAUGACGAGAUCCAGGUUAUUUCUUCUAAGACAGGUGAAUGCAAGGUGGUUAAAUUACCAGACCCCAGAGGUGAAGUUUUCGAGCAAGAUAUUGUAGGACUUGCUGUUGAUAACAAUAACAAUGUUUACGUUGUUGCACUGCUUACAACACAUAUGGAAAAUGGCAAUGUGAAAAGUUUCGUGUUGCAUGUAUUAGACGAGAACUACCAUGUAAAACACGACUCACGCACGUUGGAUUUUAUGGAAGCAAAUGGUUUUUGUUUGGUGAGCAUUGCUAUAAACAAACACAAUAAUAUCAUCAUGAUCAAAGGCAAUGAUCCCCACGUGUAUAUAUGUGACAACACUGGGAUGUUGCAACACAAGUUUGAACAUGACUCCGGUUGGCUACCCAGCUUGGGUAUUUCCGAGCAGGAUAAAAUCAUCACAUCAUCAGACAAUCUCGGGGCUAUGGUCACAUUCUCCGAGGAAGGAAAUCUGAAGUCGACAGUAAAACUACCAGAAGGUCACGAGAUCUUUGCAGUAAGGUAUCACUAUGUCAUUUGUAAAAUAAUUGUUUUAACCUACCUCAACAAAAACGAUUCCUACUUCCUGCUGUGCUACACUGAAGCAGGCAAUCUGGAGACCUCGACAUUCUUCCAUAAGAGAGACAAGGACCAUAUCAAUAUCAGGUUGCAUCCAAGUGGUCCAGUUGCUGUUGUUAUGGAGAAAAGCAUCACCUUUAUUUAA